AUGAACGGCCUGCAGACUCUUCCGCAGUGGAAAGAGUAUUUUAAUCAUCCCGCAGGAACACUCCUUGGCUUGGUCAACGCUUCUCAGUCCAUCGGUGGCGUUCUGGGUUUGCCCAUUGUAGGGAUCAUCUCUGACAAGCUCGGCCGAAAGCCCGUCCUCGUCUCCGGCAUCCUCAUCGUUUGCGUCGGUGCGGCCAUACAGGCUGCCUCGGUCAACUAUGCAAUGUUCAUCGUUGCCCGUAUCAUUGUCGGUCUGGGGGGCAUGUUCGUCGUCCAGCCCAGUCCGAUUCUCAUUGCCGAACUGUCCUACCCGACGCACCGAGGAAAGUACACUUCGGCUUACUGGACUAUGUACUAUCUCGGCGCCAUCUUGGCUUCCUGGACCACGUUUGGAACUCAGGCUCACUCCGGCUCCAUCUCCUGGAGACUGCCCUCCGCUCUCCAAGCCGGGUUUCCUCUCGUCCAGCUUGCUUCGAUAUGGUACCUUCCGGAGUCACCCCGUUGGCUCAUCGCUCAGGAUCGAACGGCUGAGGCUGCCGAGGUCUUAUGCAGAUAUCACGAUCCGACCACACCGGAUAGCCCUCUCGUCAGCAGGGAGCUGGCCGAGAUUGUCCAGAUGAUCCAAAGUGAAAAGGAAGCCGCGAAUAUGGGGUGGUCAGCCCUUGUCAACACAUCAGGAAACCGAAAGAGGACGCUGAUUGCCGUCUGCACGGGACUCUUUGCACAGUGGAAUGGUAUCGCUGUCGUCUCCUACUAUCUCACACUUGUUCUGGACAGUAUCGGCAUCACGGAUACGUUCACCCAGACUCUCAUCAACGGCCUCUUGCAGAUAUUCAACUUCGGUGCUGCCCUGAGUGCAGCAUUCCUCGUGGACAGAGUCGGGAGACGGACUCUGUUCCUUUGGUCUGGAAUCGGCAUGCUAAUUUCCUACGUCGUCUGGACCGCCUGCUCGGCCGUCAAUACGCAGACGGGAAGUACCUCAGCCGGGAUUGUCGUUGUCGUCUGCCUCUUCACUUAUUACUUUCACUACGACAUUGCCUGGACACCUUUGCUGUUUGGAUACCCGACCGAAAUCUUCCCCUAUGCCCUGCGCUCCAAGGGACUUGCUCUCGAGAUGUUCGUCAUGUACGGUUCCCUCGUCAUCUCGGCAUUUACUAAUCCCAUCGGCAUCGACAACAUCGGAUGGCGAUAUUACAUUGUAUUUUGCGUCCUCCUCCUUGCCAUGUUUCUUGUCACCUAUUUCCUGUUCCCCGAGACUAAGGGACAUAGCUUGGAAGAGAUCGCCCGUAUCUUUGAUGGAGAUGAUGCUCUGGUGGAAGGCAAGAUUCGGGCUAGGGAAGAGGGUCUAGAUGACGAAAAGAAGACGGAUGCGACUUCUCACUUGGAGAAUACAUAG